UGAAAUUGUGUGGUUCACUUUUAAAUGUUGUGAAAUCUUACUACUCUAUUCAUGAACUUUAUAACCAUAAUCACAUAACUUGUAAAUGUUGGAAAAUAAUUGAUGAAAGUAUGAUAACUAAUGAAUACAUUUCCAAUAAAAUGAAUAAAGGAUUGUUAAAAGUAAGUAAUGAAAUCGAAAACAAGGUUAUUACUUUUUUGGAGGAGUGCCAAUUAGAAAUGCUUCAAUUUGAAGAUAUUUUAAAAGGAUUUACUGGAAUUAAAAGAUUCGCACAAAUAUGUUCACAAAUGAAAAGCCAUCAAAAUGAAAAGUUAUUAGAUUACGCACAAAAAAAAUUCAUCAGCUAUUUUACGUAUUAUCACACCUGUCAGUUGGACGAGUUGAGGCUUUUUUUGGAAAACGAAUCUUGGGAACUUUGUCCUGCAGAAUCAAUCACCGAAGAAAUUAAUUUUACUCAAGCCGAUCUUCAUUCUUCACUCAAAGAACGAUUAGUAAAUUCGAAAAAUUUUUUAAGGCACAAUUGUUUAUCUAAUGAUCAAAGUGAAACAUCAUGUUGCAUUCUGAGUAAUGAAGAACUAUUUAAAGAGAAUUUUAUAUCCAAUGCAGAUGAAUUCGAAGAGAAUAUUAGAGCAUCUCAAUCAUCUCUUCCAAGUGAUAGUUUUCAGGCGCUAAUAAUUAGUCAACAUUCUAAAAAUAGUAAUCAUACGAUUUGUACAAGUACCACACUUCAUAUUAUGAGGAUUUGUAAAAAAUACAUUCGAUUUUCGAAAAUAUUUAAUGGGUGCAUGAAUCAGAUUAUAAAAUCUAUGAAUCAGUUAUUUGAAUUAUACCUUUUGAUACUGAAUGACAAUUUUACUGAAAAUUCUGAUAUAUAUAAUACUAGCAAUGAUACAACAUUGAAACGUUCGCUAUCAAGAGUAAAGGAGUGUUUAAUUCAGAAUAGGCUAUCAGUGUGUCAAUAUCAAAUGGAAGAAAGUGAAUCGCAUUGCUUGAUAAGUAAAAUAAACUUAUCUAAUUUAAGUCGCUUAGAUAAUUUUACUCAAAGAGUCAUCGCAACAGAAUCGUUACUAUUUUUAUCUCAACAGUAUCAAUAUUUUUCUCUGCAUUUGAAAUACUUUAUUACAAGUAACCAAGAUGAACUUUACUUCAUUAAGUUAUUUCAAGAGAACAUAGAUUCAGCUACAGUAUUGAAGAAACUAAUUUUCAUUUCAUUGAUAAUUCAAUUUUUCGAUAAAUCAAAAGUAAUGGAUUUCAUCAAUGAAGUAGAUUGGAGCAUUGAACAUGUUUCAUUACAGUAUAAUAAUUACGUUGACGUUGUAAUACAAGAACUACAAAAUAUAAAAGUAAUUUUGUGUGACGUGCAAAAUAAAGUUCCUAUUACUAAAGAUACUUAUGACUGUAUUUGGGAAUGUGCAGCACAAAUCAUAGCUAAUGUUCUAGUUGAAGGAUAUUCAAAUGCAAAAGUAUGUUCAACAGGAGGAAGAGCAUUAAUGCAACUUGAUUUUAUUCAAUUGACUUCUAAUUUUGAAUCAAUUACCAACUUGAAGCCUAUGCCUUACCAAGAAUACGUUCUUACUUUUAUUAAGGCUUUCUACUUGUCGGAAGAAAAUUUAGAAUCUUGGAUUAAACAACAAUCUGAUUAUUCUCGUAAGCACAUAAUUGGAUUAAUCACCUCAACUAUUCAACACAAAAAAUUACGACAAAAGUUUUUAAACUUAGUUGAAGAUAGAUAUUCAUCAAAAGGAUUUUGCUAA